AUGCCAUCUAGAGAUGCCUCUCAUGCCGGGUCAUGGUAUUCGGAUAGUGCCCGCACUCUAACCCGCCAGCUGGAUGACUGGCUGGCACAGGUGCCGGACACGGUGGAGAACGUAGGCUCGCUGCCCGCAGCAGGAGCCCGAGUCAUCAUUGCACCACAUGCGGGCUAUGCGUACUCGGGUCCCUGCGCAGCCUACGCGUACAAGGCGCUAGACCUCUCCAAAGCGAAGCGCAUCUUUGUACUGGGUCCAUCGCACCAUCAUCCAUUGUCGACGCUGGCCCUGCCCCAAGUGACCUCUUACUAUACCCCUCUUUCCGACGACCCUCUCCCACUCGACACCGAGCUCAUCGCCCAGCUCCUGGGGACCAAGGCCACCAAACCCAAUGGGUCGAGUAUUAACUUUACAACGAUGACACGGUCGAUCGACGAAGACGAGCACAGCAUCGAGAUGCAUCUGCCAUACAUCCACCGUCUCCUGCAGCGCCAGUACCCUGAUCGUUCGCCGGCGCAGUACCCGCCGCUGGUCCCAAUCAUGGUCGGCAGCACCUCCGCCGCGACAGAGCAGGCAUUCGGAACCAUCUUGGCUCCGUACCUGGCUGACCCGUCCAAUGCCUUCGUUAUCAGCUCGGACUUUUGCCAUUGGGGGCUUCGCUUCCGCUAUACGUACUAUGUGCCCCAGGCGCCCACGCCAGGGCCCCAACUCCCCUUGUCGAGUUCAGCGCUGCCGCAGCCGUGGAUUGAUGCCGACGAUGUUGUCGAGAACAUUGAUAUGGUCUCAGCGGGCCAUGUACUCCAGCGACGAGACCGGAUCUCAAGCCGCAAGCCAGCCAUCCACGAGAGUAUCUCGGCGUUUGAUAUGGCUACCAUGGCGGCUAUCACCACUGGAUCUGCGCAGACUUUUCUCGACACCAUCGAACGCACAGGGAAUACGGUCUGCGGACGUCAUCCGAUUGGCGUGAUCAUGGCGGCCCUGGAGGCUGUUGUGGCGGGUCGACCGGCGGGCAAAGAGGGUCUCUUCUACUUCCUGCGAUACGAACGUAGCUCGGAUGCAGUGGACGUGGCGGAUAGCUCUGUCAGCUAUGUCUCGGCAUUUGCUGUGCUAUAG